AUGGACUCAUCAACAUCUAAUACAACUGAUAAUGAAGAUAUUGUUAACAUACAGACCCCAAUCCAACAAGAUACAAUGAAAACUAGCAAUGAUUCAACUAAUAUAAUACAGGAGUCACAAGAGAAUAAUGAAGAAGUUCAACCACAACAAGAAAAUAUGGAGUCUAUAAUAGGUAGAAAUAUGGGCAAAUUUUCAACAUUUUUACGUGACGUAACUGGUUUAAGUUUAGAUACAAGUAACAAUGAAGAGGCAAACUCAAGUUCAAAUUCAUUAUCACCCUCUACAGUUUCCACAACUCAAGAUUCAAUAGUAAACAUUGAAGAACAAUUAACAUCACCAAUAGUAGUACUAGGACAAGAAUUCACCACCCACUCAAAAGCAGAUGAUCACAUACAAUCAAACUUACUUUGGCUCUCAUAUAGAUGUGGAUUUGAACCUAUUCCUAAAUCAGAGAAUGGUCCACAACCAAUUCAAUUUUUUCCAUCUAUUAUAUUCAAUAAAUCGAUAUUGACAAAUCUAAACAGUUUGAAGUUUUUAUUUGAUAAAGAUAAUUUUACAAGCGACUCAGGUUGGGGUUGUAUGAUUAGAACUUCACAAAACUUACUUGCUAAUGCUUUAUUGAAACUUAAUGAUGUAACAGAGAGUAAUGAGAACGAGUUACAAAUUUUGGAUUUAUUUCAAGACAACUUAAACUCAUUAUAUUCUAUACAUAAUUUUAUAAGAGUUUCAAGUAAUUCCUCAUUGCAAAUAAAACCAGGUCAAUGGUUUGGUCCAAAUGCAGCUUCAUUUUCAAUCAAAAAACUAACUGACGAAAUCAUAGAAAACAAAGACAAAUUGCUACUACUUGAAAGUUCUCAAAUUAAAAUUCCGUAUGUUUACAUAAGUGAGAACUGUGAUUUAUAUGAUGAUGAAAUUAAUGAAAUCUUCAUAAAGCAACAAAAUUCAAUAUUAUUGUUAUUUCCAGUGAGGUUAGGAAUUGAUCAAAUAAAUCAUUAUUACUACAAUAGUUUAUUAAACUUAUUAAAUGCCAAAUAUUCAGUAGGUAUAGCAGGUGGUAAACCAUCAUCAAGUUUUUACUUUUUCGGAUAUGAAAAUGAAAAUGAAUUAAUAUAUUUUGAUCCUCAUUUGCCUCAAAUUAUUGAAACUCCAAUCAAUAUUAAAAGCUAUCAUUCAACCUCAUAUAACAAGCUAAACAUAAAAUUUCUUGAUCCUUCCAUGAUGAUCGGUAUAUUGAUUAAUAGCAUGGAUGAUUACAAGAAGUUCAAAAAACAAUGUAUUGAUUCAAAUAGUAAGAUUAUACAUUUCCAUCCAAAUGUUAUUAAUGAAAACUUAUCUUCUAUUAAUCAAUCUUGGGAAGAAGUUAAUGAAGAGGAUGAUUUUGUAAAUUUGAAUGUUAGUAAGAACGAAGAGGAAUUUAUAGAUUUAGGUACCAAAUAA